AUUGAGCGAUGUCAAAGAGUAUCGUAGAUAGUAGAAAUCACCGAGUGAAAUUACAAUUCCAGAACAGAAGAGAGUUCUGCUGAAAGUAGAUUAAGAUAGUGUGUAAAAAUAUACAUUGCAGGUUCUCAGAAUGCAGCUCAUUGGAAGUAAUUGGGUGAUACAGCAUUUCAGUGUCCCUCAUGUAUUGCAGUGCUGAGUGGAUUGUCUGUCAGUAUACCAUCAGCCCUCUCCCUUCCCUUUCAUGCUGUGUUGAUGUCAUUACGCAUUAUGGAUGCUGCCAGGAAGAACAAUGACUGCUACUUCUACUACUACUCUACCUGUUUGAAGGGAGACGGUUGUCUUUUUCGACAUGAGCCAUCAGCCUUGGGUUGUGAGACAGUUUGCACAUACUGGCAGCAAGGCAAGUGUUUGAACCAGCACUGCAACUUCAGGCAUAUGGAACUAAGGAAAAAUCGUAAAUUAAUUCCCUGCUACUGGGAGAACCAACCAGGUGGUUGCCGCAAACCACAUUGCCCAUUUAUGCACGAGAAACCACGUGACUCCGCUGGAACUAUACCUGAGAAGGUGAAUAAAGAAGCACCCGGUGAAGUGAGCACUGGCUAUAGCAACAAUGACCGCCUUGGAGGAGUCCUGCCCACAACAACAGAAGCAGAUGCAUCAUCUUUGGGCGCUGGACGUGGUCGCAGGCCUGUUGUUCCAUUACAACAGCAGCAGCCAGGAAGUGCAAGUGACAGUGUUGCUGGAUACGGAAGUCCACCUGUUGAUCCUCUUGUAGUCAACUUUGAGGAAGAGUCAGACAAUGAAAGUGUUCCUACCACGACCCCUACCAAGAAGCCACAGAGGAAGGUGCAUGUUAAGACCCUGGAGGAGAUCAGACUAGAACGUAUCCAGGCUGAGUCUGCUGCGUUCUAUGGCUACGGAGACGAUGGAGGAGGGAGUGCGCCACAAGCUCCGAGUGACCUGCGUUCCAAGAUAUCUCGCAGGACUGAAGGUGCGUCAGAUCCUUCCACGUUUAGAGUGCUCACUCUUGAAGAGAUACGACGUGGUCGACGAGGAGUGACUGAGGAGGAAACAGAGAGCAGUGAAGCAGGUAGCAGUGAGGUGCAGUAUAAGAGGUUAGCAGAUUUCGAGAGGACUUCUGCCCCUCCAAAAAAACUUAGGAGGAAACCUCCACCCAGGGCACCACCAGAUGUUAUUACCCAUUCUGGUGUUGUCAAACUAAAAAGACGUAGAGAUUCCGAAGUAACAACGUCGUCUGGUUUGGGAAUGCCAGACAGUACAACGAGAGAUCUGAAAGCCAAUGGUGUGUCACGUGAGAAUUUUCGUGGUGAAUGCCCCCCACUUUCAAUGUUCAAAGAAAUGACAGCAGAGGAAGAUGAAGAUGAACUGCUGGAAACUGAUGAAGAGACUGAUGGUACAGUAGCAGCAAAUGAGAUUUCAACAUAUGAUGAUGUUGUCCUUGAUGACAUCGAUGAGUUACUUAACGUGUGAGCUGUGUAUUCUCUAUACAAAUUGUGGCCUUAUAAGUGUGUCUGAUGUGGAACAGUUUAUCACAGUUCUUGAUACCGCAAAAGAUAUCACAUUCCAUUUGUAUAGUGUGAAAAGAGGAAUGAGCCACAUGUUCACAUUUCAUUUUUAAAGACCAGUUGUUAAUUAAUUUAAUUGUUUGUGUACAUGUACACAUGUGUAUGUAUGGAAGUUUGUGUGGGGGGGGGGG